GGCCGCCUCUGGAUGGAGGGUUGUGUGAUUGAUGCUCCCCUCUGGAGCGUGUUUCACAGACUCUCGGCUCACGCCUCCACAAGCUCACAACACUCGGAAUGUGGUUACGCGGUUGUCUCCAGCUCCAACUCCAGCCUUUCUCCUUCUCUGCUCACAGCAAGAGAAAAUAUUUCGGUAUUGCCAACUCCUACAUUGCUCCUCAACGCUGAAAGUUACAGGUUAUUAUUUUUUUUUGCCGAUACCAUUGUCUAUUUUGGGGAUAUUUUUUAAUUUGUUUUAUUUUUGGUCGAUUUGUAAAGUUAGUUUCAGCUUUCGGGUUUUUGGUUUUCUACGCGAAUGGGAAUUAAGACCAGAGGACUAAUCUAACAACCAAGUCUUUCAUCAUGGGUCAGAAGUCAGUCAGUACGUGGGGAGAGACAGAGACAUGGUGGUAAUCUAGGACCCGUGGUGGAGUCAAGGACACAACAAAAGCAAAAUCUCCCUCUCAACUCUGUGAAUCCUACCUAAACUGCUUUUAGUCUAUUCUGGCAACCUAGUGUUCUAGUUAUAUAAUAGUGAAGUUGUGACCCCCCAUCAACAACCAUGGCCUCCAGCCUGACCUGUGCCGGUGUAAUCUGGACCCUCCUUUCCCUGCUCUGUGCCGCGGCCUCCUGCGUUGGCUUCUUCAUGCCUUACUGGCUACUCGGUUCCCAGAUGGACAAGCCGGUCUCGUUCGGCACCUUCCGCCGUUGCUCGUACCCGGUGCGUGAUGAGGAGAACCAGGCCACGGUGAUACUGGAGCAGUGUGGGCGCUAUGCCUCCUUCCAGGGGAUACCUAGUCUGGAGUGGAGGAUCUGUACGGUGGUGACGGGGGUGGGCUGUGGUCUGCUGCUCCUGGUGGCCCUCACAGCCCUCAUGGGAUGUUGCAUCUCUGACCUCAUCUCCAGGACCAUCGGACGCGUGGCCGGGGGUAUACAAUUCGUUGGAGGUCUGCUGAUAGGGUCCGGCUGUGCUCUCUACCCACUGGGCUGGGACAGUGAGGAGGUCCGGCAGACCUGCAACAACACCUCUGAUCAGUUUGAACUGGGUUCCUGUGAGAUUGGCUGGGCCUACUACUGUACGGGUGCUGGGGCCGCUGCUGCCAUGCUGCUGUGUACCUGGAUGGCCUGUUUCUCAGGGAAGAAACAGAAGCAGUACCCCUACUAGAUGACCCGACUGGGGGGAGGGAGGAGGAGAGGGGGUACCCCAACUAGAUGACCCGACUGGGGGGAGGGAGGAGAGGGGGUACCCCAACUAGAUGACCCAGCUGGAGGAGGAGAGGGGGUACCCCAACUAGAUGACCCGACUGGGGGGAGGGAGGAGAGGGGGUACCCCUACUAGAUGACCCGACUGGGGGGAGGGAGGAGGAGAGCGGGUACCCCUACUAGAUGACCCGACUGGGGGGGAGGGAGGAGGAGAGGGGUACCCCUACUAGAUGACCCGACUGGGGGGAGGGAGGAGAGGGGGUACCCCUACUAGAUGACCCGACUGGGGGGAGGGAGGAGGAGAGGGGGUACCCCAACUAGAUGACCCGACUGGGGGGAGGGAGGAGGAGAGCGGGUACCCCAACUAGAUGACCCGACUGGGGGGAGGGAGGAGGAGAGCGGGUACCCCAACUAGAUGACCCAACUGGGGGGAGGGAGGAGGAGAGGGGGUACCCCAACUAGAUGACCCAACUGGGGGAGGGAGGAGGAGAGGGGGUACCCCAACUAGAUGACCCAGCUGGAGGAGGAGAGGGGGUACCCCAACUAGAUGACCCAGCUGGGGGGAGGGAGGAGGAGAGGGGGUACCCCAACUAGAUGACCCAGCUGGGGGGAGGGAGGAGGAGAGGGGGCACCCCAACAGAGACUGACUGUUAUGACUGCAGGACAAGACAGACCAAGGCAGAGACUGAGAAGACUGACAAGAGUAAACAAAUAGUCUUAAAAAAUGGAUCUUAUUGUUCUGUUAUGACUGCAGUACAAGUCAGACAAAACUGUUCUUAUUCCUUCUCCAAGACUGUUGUUAUUCCUCCUCCCUGACUGUUGUUAUUCCUCCUCCCUGACUGUUGUUAUUCCUCCUCCCUGACUGUUAUUCCUCCUCCCUGACUGUUGUUAUUCCUCCUCCCUGACUGUUGUUAUUCCUCCUCCCUGACUGUUA